AUGUCGUCGCCUUCCUCGGCCCAUUGGCUGAGCCUCGUCGGGACCAUCUGGCUGCAGACCAUCAACGGCCCCAACUCCGACUUCCCCGUCUACUCGUCGCAGCUCAAGGAGCUCAAGGGCAUCUCCCAGGUGCAGCUCAACUUCCUCGCCUUCGCCUCCGACGCCGGCAAGCUCUUCGGCUGGUUCUCCGGCGUGGCCGCGCUCUACGUGCCCCUCCCCCUCGUCGCCUUCGUCGGCGCCUCCUUCGGCCUCGUCGGCUAUGGCGUGCAGUACCUCUUCCUGGACAGUCCCGGGCUCAAGUGCUGGCACCUGUUCCUGCUCACCGCCCUCGCCGGGAACGGCAUCUGCUGGAUCAACACCGUCUGCUACCUCCUCUGCAUCAAGAACUUCGCGUCCAGGAGCCGCGUCGCCGUCAGCCUCGCCACCAGCUACCUCGGCCUCAGCGCCAAGGUGUACACCAGCCUGGCCGAGACCAUGCCCCGCCUGGCCGACUCCAAGGCCAAGACGUACCUCCUCCUCAAUGCCGUGGUGCCGAUGAUCGUCACCGUGUUCGUGGCGCCGGCCCUCAGGCUGUUCGACCUCAAGAGCGACUCCAUGUCGAGCACGGAUACGGCAUUCCUCGUCAUGUUCGCCAUCACCCUCGCCACGGGGGCGUGCGCCGUGGUCGGCAGCAUCGGCUCCACGGCCAGCGGGCUGUCCUCCAGGGAGCACAUGGUGAGCCUCAGCGUGCUGCUCGCCGUCCCCAUGCUCAUCCCGGUGGCCCUCAAGAUCCGCGAGAGCAUGAACAAGAUCUGGGAGGCGAAGCGCGAGAACAGGAUCCACGAUCUCGGCACCGACGACGCCGUGGUCGUGAUCGAGGUGAUGGACCUCGAGUACAAGGAGGAAGAGAUCGCCGUCGCGGAGGAGAAUCCCCAGGAGGAGGUCGGAGGCCUCCAGCUGCUCAAGAAGCCGGACUUCUGGCUCUACUUCUUCAGCUACAUGUUCAGCGGCACCCUGGGCCUGGUCUUCCUCAACAAUCUCGGACAGAUUGCCGAGUCGCGAGGUCUCGGCCAGACUUCCACCCUGGUCUCGCUGUCGUCUUCCUUCGGAUUCUUCGGUCGCCUCCUCCCGUCCUUCAUGGACUACUACUCUGCAAAAAGCGGCCACAGCAUAUCGAGGACGGGGUCCAUGGCGUCGCUGAUGGCGCCCAUGGCGUGCGCCUUCUUCCUGCUGCUCAAUCCGGGCAGCGUCUUCCUGUACGCGAGCACGGCCAUCAUCGGCACCUGCACGGGGGCCAUCACGUCGGUGGCGGUGUCGGCGACGAGCGAGCUGUUCGGCGCCAAGAACUUCGGCGUCAACCACAACGUGCUGGUGUCCAACAUCCCCGUCGGCUCGCUCUGCUUCGGCUACUUCUCGGCGUUCCUGUACCAGCGGGAGGCCGGCGCGCGGGGGGCCGCCACCUGCUCCGGCGCCAGCUGCUACCGGGCCACCUUCGCCAUCUGGGGCGCCACCUGCGUCGUCGGCACGCUGCUCUGCGUCGUGCUCUACGUCCGGUCGCGCAGCUUCGCCGGCAGGCUGCCGGUGAGGUUACAGUGGCUGUCGCGCUUCGCUAACUUCCUAGGCGCUCGUCAGAAGGCUUGA